AUGGCUCAAUUCGUUCCGCGUCAGGUCUUCCCUCACUAUGGGGCGAUCCCUCGAUCAUACUUCCUGGGACAUCACCGCGCUGGCCUGAGCAAAAUGAAAAACAUGCUUUCGUCAAUAGACUACGUUGUGGAAUGUCGCGACUAUCGGGCCCCUGUCACUUCUAUUAAUCCCAUGUUCGAGGAAGCUUUAGAAAACAAAAGAAGAUUGAUUGUUUACACAAAACGAGACCUUGGUAGCGUACCGAACUCACCUACACAAAAACUUGUCGAGAGAAAAGUGCGAGAUCUUGAUCGGAAAAGCGCAGUCUUCUUUGUCAGUACAUCUUCUCGUGUUGAUGUCACACCGAUCCUGCGACACCUUCGAGACGAUGCGGAGGGACCUGAUAAGCUGGUGGGAUGCCGAGUGCUCGUGGUGGGUAUGCCGAAUAUUGGAAAAUCAACCCUCAUCAAUCACCUCCGAAACUUUGGCGUGGGCAAGGCGAAGGCCUUGAAGACUGGUGGUCAGCCAGGUAUCACCAGGAAAAUUGCCAGUCCAGUCAAAAUCAUCGAGCGUGCGAGCGGGUCUCACGUUUAUGUGCUCGACACGCCGGGUGUCUUUAUGCCAUACGUUCCAGAUGCCGAUAACAUGCUCAAGCUAGCACUAUGUGGCUGUGUGAAAGAUGCAGUGAUAUCUCCGGUCACACUCGUUGAUUAUCUCCUCUACCAGAUCAAUCUCCACGAUACGCAGGCGUACAGGCGGUGGUCUGAACCCACAAACGAAGUGAUGCCUUUACUUGAGAGAUUUGCUCAAAAGACAGGUCUCCUGGGCAAAGGUGGAGUUCCAAACAUAGAUGGUGCCGCUUUGCACUUCAUUCAAAAGUGGCGAGCCGGUGACCUCGGACGGUUCAUACUGGAUGAUCUGGACGCAGAGCAACGGCGCCGCGAAGAUCCCAAUCAACAAUCCCGGCUGAGUAUGUCCCAAGCCUUGAAGGUUGAAAGAAUAAAUCGCAAACAGUGGAAGGCGAACCCUCCGGACAGUUCUAGCAACUUUGAAUAA